AUCGACCCUCGCUUACAAGAUAUAAAGCCACUCUUGUAUGCACGUCAGGCGUGAUUACCAGGGUGGUAACACUUCAACACCAAUCAAAAACCACCUUCCUAUUCUUCCUGUAACAAAAUCAAUUCUAGAAUCUUUAGAAAGCGGUUCAUCGUGUGAUAUGUAGUACAUCUAUUCCGCCAUCGCAACUGUACAGUGAUCAAAAGAGAUAUAUUAAUUUCGUCGAACAAAAACACCAACCUCCAUCGAGCACCCAAAACCCAACAAUGGCAACACCAAGUCCCCCAACCCUCUCACCACCAAUCCUCUACACCCCCCAAGACCUACGCGCCAACCUCCCGCUCGCCCAAAGCAUAAUCAACCUAGGAAACGAAGCGUUUAAGCGAAGCAAGCUCCCCGCCCCUGAGAAAUGGUACCUAGGCGACCACAAACGAUUCCCGACGCCGCAGCACCUGAUCGAUAUGGUCGGCGAGCAAGGCGUCAUGGCCGUGAUCCACGACGACUCCGUGCCAUUUGAAGGUCUCCGCGGCAAAGUCAUCGCGUGUGCGGCGAUCCUGCCGUGGAAAGGCGGGUGGGAAGGUGAAGGGAAGGGGGUGGAGGAGGGGUGGGAGUUCAAGGCUGUUUGUGUGGAUGGCGGGGAGAGGUAUUUGAAGAGAGGGCUUGUGGGUACGCUUUCGAAGGUGUUGGAGGAGUGGGUUUUGGAGAGGACGGAUGUGGAGAAGAGGGGGGAGCUGAGGUUGUGGAUUCUGGCGGCGGAUUGUAUUAACGGGGUGUAUUGGCGGAAGAGAGGGUUUAGGGAAGUGAGGAGGAAGACGCAAGGGCAGGGUGUUUGGGGGUGCAAGACGAGCUUCGAGAUGGUGGUUUUCGUGAAGGAGAUUGAGUUGUCAUGAAUGGCACUGAAGGUGAAUUGGAUGUGGUAACUCUCUAUCGCAAGUUUUGCGAGUAUCACAAGGGCAUGAAAUGGUACGUGAUUCUCAGAAGGGGAUGGUACGGACUUGUACAAGCAUCUAGGUAUAUACUCUUCCCUUACUGCAUAGCGAGGACUGCAUCGUAAUACGAAGAAUCUGCUAGUCUGGUGCUUAUGUCUUCUACGUGUAUAGUAACCCCUAUGCUCAAUACCUGCAUGUGGCAAGACUGGAGCGGGUUAAGUUUCUGUUACUAGGCCUCGAACUAGUUCGAAGUGAUUGAG